AUGUCUCUUCGUCGCUCCGCCCGCGUCCGAUCCAUUGCUUCGGCAGCAGUCGCGCAAGAAGAUGGGCAGCAUGAGAGCGAGCACAUGCCUCCAACCACCACUCCCAAUAAACGAAGGAAGAUCUCCAAACCCACCGCUGUCCCGCCCAUAACUCCCACUCCCUCAGCAAUCGCUUUCAUGACCAAUUCCAGCACCACCAAACCCACUCCCCAACCACCCGCAACCCGCCCCAUCAAACUACACUCCACAAAUGCCCCACUCCUCACUCCAGGAGGCAGCACACAAUUCUACUCAAUUCAUGAAGAUAACACUUCUCCUUCAAAAGCUGUCCCUCAUACGCCUCCAACAACGAACAAGACCCUCCUGUCAACAGCCUGCGAACACCUCAUCUCCAUCGACCCCACCCUUGAACCCAUCAUAAAGAAACACCACUGCAAACCCUUCAGUCCCGAAGGCCUCGCCGAGAAGAUCGACCCUUUCCGCGCUCUCGCGUCGGGGAUCAUUGCUCAGCAAGUCUCGGGCGCUGCAGCUUCUUCCAUCAAAGCCAAGUUUGUGGCACUAUUCUCUACAGAGGAGUGUGCGAAUGGCUUCCCGACUCCCAAAGCUGUGGUUGGGAAACCGAUGCAGGAGUUGAGAAGUGCCGGGUUGAGUCAGAGGAAAGCAGAGUAUAUCCAGGGUUUGGCGGGAAGGUUUAACGAUGGGGAAUUGACGGUCAAGGGGUUGUUGGAGGGGAAGGAUGAGGAUGUUAUGAGGGAACUUGUGGCUGUGAGGGGGUUGGGGAGAUGGAGUGUGGAGAUGUUCAUGUGUUUUGGGUUAAAGAGGACAGAUGUCUUUAGUACGGGUGAUUUGGGCAUUCAAAGAGGUAUGGCUGCACAUGUAGGGAGGGAUGUCGGCAAGUUGAAGGGCAAGGGAGGGAAGUGGAAGUAUAUGAGUGAGAAGGAGAUGGAGGAGAUUGGGGAGAAAUUUAGGCCGUAUCGGUCUUUGUUUAUGUGGUACAUGUGGAGGGUAGAAGAUGUGGAUGUUACAGCUGUUCAGGAUAACUAG